UUGCAGGCCCACAAAUUGCUCCAGCGGAUUUGAAACCCGUCCACCGAAUCAACGGCCUAGCGAGCCUUUUUACACAGUGAAGCGCAGGAAGCAUCAGUGCGCCCGCGCACACCUGAUCCCAACCCGAAGGUCCCUGCAGAUUAUCUCCGAACAGGCGUACUCUAAGAUACUAUCAGACCAAACCCCACCAGAAGUUUCAGGGGAACGAACAGAGCAAAACAGAGACGAUGAAUUUUUCAAUGUUUUGGAGUUUCGAGCUUCGAAUGACUAGAGGAGAGAGAGAGAGAGAUGGGGCGUGUUUGGUAAAGGGUAAUUAUGAUUCCCGCCGGUGGAAUUAAAUGAGCAAUAGGCAGCUUGGACACUUUCAAAAAAUAGAAGAAGCCAAUUUUGCUUAACCGUUACCCUCCACGCGUCCACCACUCUUCUUUAAUUCUUUCCUUUGGUCAGAUUUACUCUUCCUUAAUUGCACCAUCAUCAUUGAUUAAUACCAUACCCAAACUCGUUUUGAUCUUCGAGCUCUUCAGUCUUCUUCUUCACAUUCAGAGGAUUACACUGGUUCACUGCUCCGGCGCCGUCGCCGAGGAGACAAUGUCGUCGCCGGCGAAGCUCGUCAUCUGGAAAGGGGGCGAGAACAAGCGCUACCCUGCGCCUCUGGCCUCCCACGACGACGUCGUCGAGCAUCCCUCUCUUUUCUGGGACACCCUGCGCCGCUUCCACUCCAUGUUGGGCACCAAAUUCAUGAUUCCUGUGAUUGGAGGGAAGGAGCUGGAUUUGCAUGUUCUGUAUGUGGAGGUUACCAAAAGGGGCGGCUUCGAUAAGGUGGUAGUGGAGAAGAAAUGGAGAGAGGUGGGCUCUGUUUUCAACUUCUCUCCGACGACCACAAGCGCUUCCUUUGUUUUGAGGAAGCACUACCAUGCUCUGCUUCACCAUUACGAACACGUUUACUUUUUCAAGAUACAGGGUCCCCUGCUUACCCAAACUGCAGCUGCAUAUGGGCCCGAGGCGGCUGAUCUCGCGGAAUGUUCCUCCAAGAAAACAGGGGAUUGUCCCAAUUCGCCCGGUGACGGAUCAGCAGGUUUAUCAGCGGUUGGAACAAUUGAUGGGAAAUUUGAUUGUGGGUAUUUGGUGUGUGUGAAAUUGGGUUCUGAGGUUCUCAAUGGGGUACUCUAUCAUCCGGAGCAACCUGUCUCUUCUGCGUCGGCUGUCCAAGCUUGCUCUGCCAUUGUCCCGUACCCCCCCAAGGCUCGCCGCACUGCUCGGAGGAGUAGAAGAAGGGGAGGAGACCCAGAUCGCCCUAAACCCAACCGGAGUGGCUAUAAUUUCUUCUUUGCAGAAAAGCAUUCUGUGCUCAAGGCUCAGUUCCCAGAUAGGGAAAGGGAGUUCACCAAAAUGAUUGGACAGUCAUGGAACAAUCUCAGCCAAGAAGAGAGAAUGGUGUACCAGGACAUUGGGAUGAAGGAUAAGGAAAGAUACAAGAAAGAACUAGAGGAGUACAAGGAGAGGAUUAAGCUGAGAGUGGCCCCUAAAGAAGAGCAAAAUGACCAUUAGGGCGACUGAACAGUGCAAACAAGGAGAGAAUGGUCCAGCCUCCAUGUUGUGUUUCUGAAUUAAGUUUUGAACAAUCUGUAUACAUAUAAAAUGCAUAUCAAAAUGUGCAAUGCAUAAAAUGUAUCUGUUUCGAAUUUGCCCUUCAAAUUCUGUAUUUUGGAUGUUGUAUACAGGUUAUGGUUUGCCUC